AUGAGGAGGGUUGGGUCCCCUCUCCCAGGACUGUGUCAGGGCCCACGGGACCAGGUCCAGGCAGGGACCCUCCCCAAACCCGCCAUCUGGGCCGACCCAGGCCCCGUGGUCCCCGUGGGGAGCCCUGUGACCCUCUGGUGUCAGGGGUCUCAGCAGGCGCAGGUCUACCAUCUGUACAAAGAGAGGGUCUCUGGAGCCGUGGAGACGGAGCGCCCACACAGCUCCAGCGACAGGGUCGGCUUCCACAGGGAACACACAAGUGCGCACGAUGCGGGACGAUACCAGUGCGUCUACCGCAGCCCCAGCGCCGCCUCCGAAAACAGCACCAGCGCCUCCUCCGAGAGGAGUGACCCCCUCAACCUGGUGGUGACCGGAGUGUUGCCCCGACCCUCCCUCUCAGCCCAGCCCAGCCCUGUGGUGGCCGCAGGAGGGAACGUGACCCUCGCCUGCAGCUCACAGAACAUAUCGGGCACUUUCCAUCUGCUGAAGGAGGGAGACUCAGACCCGCCCCGACAAAGAAACUCAAGUUUUCUCCAGGGGAGACACCAGGCCCUCUUCCCCGUGGGCCCCUCGAGCCCCUCCCACGGGGGCACCUACAGAUGUUACUAUAAUCCCCACUCCUACCCCCUCAUGUGGUCCGCGCCCAGCGCCCUUCUGCGUCUCCAGGUCACAGGAGCGUACGGGGAGCCCUCCCUGUCGGCGCAGCCGGGCCCCCUGGUGCUGUCUGGACACAGCCUGACCCUGCGGUGCGGCUCGGGGACGGGCUUUGGCAGGUUCGCUCUGACCAAGGACGAGGGGCACAGGGGCCCCCAGCGUCUGGACGGGCAGCACAGCCCCGACUUCCCCCUGGGCCCUGUCGCCCACACCCACGGGGGCCAGUACAGGUGCUACGGGGGACACAACCUCUCCCACGUGUGGUCGGCCCCCAGCGCCCCCCUGGACAUCCUGAUUGCAGGAAUGGACACGAAACCCUCCCUCUCAGCCCAGCCUGGGCCCACCGUGUCCCCGGGGGAGGACGUGACCCUGCAGUGUCGCUCUGACGCCCGCUCGGACACCUUCUACCUCUCCAAGGAGGGGUCGCCUGCGUCCCCCCAGCGCCUGCGUCUGCAGGACACAGCUGCCCCCUCUCAGGCCCUCUUCACCUUCAGGGCUGUGACCUCAGCCCACGGGGGCACCUACAGGUGCUACAGCUCACACAGCGCCUCCCCCUUCCUGCUGUCACACCCCAGUGACCCCCUGCGGCUGCAGGUCUCAGGCCCAGCCCGGCCCCCCGGGGACUACACGCUGGGGAACCUCAUCCGCCUGGGCGUGGCCGCCUUCCUCCUCCUGGUCCUGGGGGUCCUGCUCUUAGAGGCUCUUCACAGCCACAGGAGGGCCCGAGAUGUGGCAGGAGGACCGCCCACCGGCCUUCUGGGCCGCGCUGUCCUGUCCGUGUGCGCAGACUCUUCCCUGGCGCGCGGAUCGGAGGGUGAAUUCUCACCGCUGCCGUCGGGAGUGGACUUGCCGCCCCAGCACCCGCUGCUUGUCUGCCGGGAGCUGCAGCGAGAGCGCGUCGUGCUGCCAACUCGACCAUGA